CUCACUAUAAAAAACUCUAAAACCUCCUCUUCAUUGGCUCAUUUCUACCUCUUUCCCUAUUUUCUCUCACUACAUUUUUCUCUUCCUUCCAUGGCGGACCAACAGCUUCCCUGCGACGGCGAUGGUAAUUGCAUGUUGUGUAAGAAGAAGCCAUCGGAGGUCGAGAAGGUUUUGUGUAAGACAUGUGUAACUCCUUGGCAUGUGGAAUGUCUUGCUUCUCCACCGGAAUCCAUGGCUUCCGUCGAUCAAUGGGAGUGUCCUGACUGUUUUUCGGUUGAAGACGUCGGAAAAUCGGUGGUUCCGGCGACGGUUACCGGUGUUGGAAGUGAAUUGGUGGCGAAGAUAAAAGCAAUCGAAGCAGAUGCAUCGUUGUCGGAGACGGAGAAAGCGAGGAAACGUCAGGAGUUGUUAAGCGGGAGUGGAUCCGGUGGGAAUGAUCAAGGCAAAGUUAUGGAUGAUAACGAAAUUCUGGCUAUUCUUGGUGAUAACAUGAGUUGUUCCUUCUGUAUGCAACUUCCUGAGCGCCCUGUCACUACUCCAUGUGGGCAUAACUUUUGUUUGAGAUGCUUUGAGAAAUGGGUAGGACAAGGAAAGCGAACAUGUGCAAAGUGUCGGAAGGGAAUUCCUGAGAAAAUGGCUUCCCAACCCAGAAUUAAUUCUUCCCUUGUAUUUGCUAUAAGAAUGGCAAGGACCACGAAGUCAACUACAGUUGCGGCUCCUAGAGUGUUUCAAUUUGUGCACAAUGAGGAUCUUCCUGAUCAAGCAUUCACGACAGAAAGGGCUAAAAAGUCGGGAAAAGCAAAUGCAAAAAGUGGAAGGAUAUUUGUCACCAUCCCACAUGAUCAUCUUGGGCCCAUUACUGCUGAAUAUGAUCCAGUUCGGAACAUGGGAGUGCUGGUCGGUGACUGUUGGGAAGAUCGCCUGGCAUGUAGACAGUGGGGGGCUCACUUCCCUCAUGUUAGUGGCAUUGCUGGACAAUCUAAUUACGGGGCACAAUCCGUUGUUCUUUCUGGAGGGUAUGAGGACGACGAGGAUCACGGAGAGUGGUUUCUUUAUACAGGAAGUGGGGGACGUGAUUUGAGUGGAAAUAAGCGUACAAACAAGUUACAGUCAUCUGAUCAGAAGUUUACAAGUGGAAAUGAAGCACUUAGGACUAGUUGUAGAAAAGGAUACCCAGUUCGUGUUGUAAGAUCUCAUAAAGAAAAGCGCUCUCAUUAUGCACCUGAAUCUGGGGUACGUUAUGAUGGUAUUUAUAGAAUUGAGAAGUGCUGGAUAAAGCAAGGGUACCAGGGCUUCAAGGUUUGCAGAUAUUUAUUUGUUAGAUGUGACAACAGUCCUGCACCAUGGACAAGUGAUGAACACGGUGACCGACCAAGACCAUUGCCUGAUGUUCCAGAGCUGAAGAAGGCUCUUCAGCUGACUGAAAGGAAAGAAAGCCCCCAUUGGGAUUUUGACGCAGAAGAAGGUUGUUGGAAAUGGAAAAAGCCUUUGCCACCUAGCAAAUGGUCCAAGGAAAAGGGAACUGGUACUUCUACUGCUCGUUCAAAGAAGAGCUCCAAAGCAAAAAUUUUGAAGGAAUUUAGCUGCCAACUGUGCCACAAGGUUUUGACUCUACCAAUUACGACUCCGUGUGCUCACAACUAUUGCAAAGCUUGCUUAGAUGGUGCAUUUGAGGGACAAAAAUUUCUAAGAGAGAGGAAAACUGGUGGUCGGUCACUUCGGACCCAGAAAACUGUAAUGAAAUGCCCCUCUUGCACCACAGACAUCUCAGAGUUCCUUCAAAACGCACAGGUCAACCGAGAGCUCAUGGGUGUGAUUGAAUCAUUAAUGCGUAAGUUUGAAGAGGAGGAGAAAGCUGACGGUGGGGAGAAUUCUGGUGACCUAAAUGAGAAUGAAGAGGGUGUAUCAGAUGUAGAAAUUAGUACCUCAGAUGCCGAGGACACUGAAAGCAAAGCUGUUGAGGAGGUAGCUGAAGUUGCAACCGAGAAGCCUGAAAGCAAAGCUGUUGAGGUAGCUGAAGUCGCAACGGAGAAGCCUCAAUCUGAUGACGGUAACCUCGUUGAAGCUGCUGCCUGUAAGGACCCAGAUGUUGUGGUUGCUGCGCCUUCUGUCGCCAAGAAACGAGGUCGCCCCAAGAAAAGUGCUGCUGCACAGGGGGCUGCAAACAGGACAGGCGGACGCAAGUCUCGCAGAGUUGCUGAAGAUGGAAACAAUUCACCUUCAAGUCCUCUUCUUGUCGGCUCAGAUAAUGAUCUGGAGUAAUUCUCAAACCUCGGUAAGAUGCUUAAUGUGUAGUAAAACACAUGAUUUAGAGGAACACAUUUAUGUGCUUUUCCCUGCAUCACUAUUGUUCAGAGGCCAUUUUUUAACCGUUUUGCUCCACAGUUGUAAUCGGAGUUUAACUAAACAGCCAAUUGCAACUAAUUUUGUACCUUCUUUCAUGCAAUGCGCUCUCUUAGGGCCGAGGAUUGUUGCAUUUUGAUGUAAACUGAGUUUAUAUUAGUAAAUGUUAUUUGAUCUAUUUGUAAUAA